AUAUACCUUCUUCCAAAAUUACCUAAAAUUAUAAAAAUAAUAAAUUUUGUUCAUAAUUGUGCUGGACCUGUACUUGGUUUAUGUAGUUCCUUUGAUGUACCACUUAAUGAAAUUCAUAACAUUGUGUGUGUAAUCAGGUGUGACAACCCACGAUGAUAUUGUCACAUUUUGUCAGUAUAAAAGGCACCUCAGUAGUGAAGUUGAAUUAUGCUUCUAGGCAAAUGUUAUCUAAGAAUUCCAAAUUUUUGGAGGGACAUUAUUGUCCCCUAGCUACAAUGUCUUACAAAUUACAAUAUUAAUUUUGCACUUAUUGAUAAGUUAAUGUCUUAUUGGCAUUUGGCACAUUAUUUAAUUUCAAUGAGGCCAAUUCCAUUUUAUUUCCCAAAAUAAAAAAGGAUGGGAGGAUGAGAACAGAAGAUACAAGAUCUUACCAUGACCAUUGAUGAUAUCAUGGAGGAACUGAAAAAUGCUCAUGGUGUUAUUGAUGCCCGUGAGUCCAGUAUAAACAGUUUAGAGUAUAACCUCACCAAUGAGAGAGGGAGGAUCAAGGAACUGACCAAAAGGAUGCCGUCACUAGGGACCAGACUAUCAGGAAUAAUGGAGGAGACCAGCUCAGUGAAGAGACAGCUGGAGGAGAAGUCUACACAUCAAAGGCCCUUCACUGGUUUCUGUAUAUUACAUACUUUGUGGCUUCUAUGAUGAUAUAAAAGUGGUAGACAGUAGGAGCUGAACUCAUUGCAAUAGAGAAACAAUUAAAAUCAAUAAUAAUGGGAUCAGUAGUCCUAAGAAGAACAAUACUAGUUAUACUGAGUACAUGUUAUACAAAUGGACUAGAGCUAGCUGACUUGUACCCAUAUGGUACAGAGUAUGGGGACUCCAUGAGCAUUGGAUCUGGUUUAUAUCGGCCUACACCAUUACUGGCUCCAAUUGAUAAUUUAGUUAUAUUUAGUCCAGCUGGACUUGCAGCAGCAAUAAGAUAUAGAAUUUAUCGCGAUGGGAGCUUGGUAUUGGAAAAUGAUGAAGGUUGGAUCUCUUUGAAUUUGCUCCGGAUACUUAGUGGACAUUUUUUCAAUACUAAGAUAUAUGGUAGGAUUACUACUGAUCAAGUAUUGGUAAAGAGAGCAAUGAAUCAGAUUAAUGAAGAAUUUCCUAAUACUUUCUGCAGUACAUCUCCUCCUACACAAUUGAUAAUGGCAACAUGGAUAGAUUAUCUAAAAGCUGACUCAAACCCUGGCAGUAACUUCCAGUUAAUAGUUGUAUCUGGUAGAUGCAAGACAUUUGGUAUUGCUCUUUAUGUAAAUGUGAGCAUUACAUCAGCUGAUACUGGAUUAUCUUCACAUAUUAAAGGUGAAUAUGUACCCCCUGAUCCUACUUUCUUUCCAUUUGGUACUACUGUCAUGGAUGCCCCUACUAUGAUGCUUAAUAGUACCAUGCCAGGGACAUAUAUAUUUUCUCUGAAUCAUAUGCCACCAACUCCUUGCACUCUAUGUAAAGCUAAACUUCUCAAGAUGGCAUGUGAAGCUAUGAGGAGGAUUAAUGGUAAAAAGCUACCAGCUCCUUGUCAUGACUAAUAAUCAUUCAAUUUUAUUGUGUUUUUGUGAUUGUUUUUUUGUAAUUAAAUGUUUUUCAGUAGUGAAUUAGUCAAUUUUAAUAGCA